AAAGUGGUAGAGUGUUAACUCUUAAAAACUUUUGUUUUGUUUGACAUUUUAAUGAAAUUUUCGCUCUAAGCGCUGGCAUAUUUAAUUACCCAGUAUUUCCUGUUCUAUCAACAAUCAAAAAAGACUUCAGCCUAUUAUAAGACUCCGCAAUAUAAUACUAACAUAAAGCAUAGCCUUCUACAUAAACACGAUUCGCUUAGCGACCAUCCGCAAGUCAGAAAAUGUUAUUUCGAUAACUUAUUGAACCAGAAAAAAUAAAUUUAGACUUGAGUUUAUUUUUUAUCCAAAUCUGUGUAUCAUUGCAUGUGUUUUGUUGCUUCGGUUCGGGCCCGAGAAUUCGUUCGUAUUAUCGGUGUACCUUAACUCAUUUAUACAAAAAGUGGAACUUAUUUUAUAUUAUAGUUUUUUUUUUUUUAUAUGAAACUUACGAGUUACCUUCAAUUUAUCAUAUAGAAUAGUUUAUGAAUUGUUAUUUUGCUUUUUAACUGGAUUUUUGUUGUAUUUUAUUUAAAUUGUACAAGUACUGAGGAAAGUUCACUUAUGGUUCUUGGUUAUUUCGUUUUGUGUGACCUAAAUUGCCGCAGUAAAGAAUUUUUCGUGUUGAAAAGUCAUCAUCGGUUCUAGUUGAAUAUGGAAUCACCAACCCCGCCAAUUGAAGUUGAAGAUCGUAACGGUUCAGCAAUGGAUGCCUGUUUUACGGCAUUCGAUAAAGACGGUGAUGAUCGUCUGAGCUUAGCAGAAUUUACACUUAUAUGCCGAGCACUAUUUCGAAAUGAUAAAGGACAUAUUUAUGAAGUGCCUACUGAAAGAUUAGAUCAGAUUUUUGAAGUUUUCGACACAAAUGGCGAUGGAUUUAUUGAUCGUGAAGAAUUUAAAUUCUGUUGGAAUCGAUGGAUUAAAGCUAUCGUUCGUCCUGUGAAUGCUUUUAUCAUUGUUGACGUACAAAAUGACUUUAUAAGUGGAUCGCUGGAUAUAAGUAAUUGCAGUGCACAGCACAAAGGACAGGAGAUUUUAGAUCCAAUAAAUAACCUUUUGGCAACUGUGGAUUUUGAUGCAGUAUUUUAUUCAUUAGAUUGGCAUCCUAGUGAUCAUGUGUCUUUUAUUGAUAAUGUGAAAUUAAGACCAUUGGAUGAGACAUCACCUAUUGAUGCUGAUAUGGCACAAGUUUAUGAUACAGUUAUAUUUGCUGGUCCACCACCAAUGAAACAACGAUUGUGGCCACGUCAUUGUGUACAAGAUUCAUGGGGUGCUGAAUUGCACAAGGAUCUGAAGAUUGCAGACCAAGGAAUUAAGGUAUACAAAGGUACUAAUCCAGAAGUUGAUUCCUAUUCAGUUUUUUGGGAUAACAAAAAGCUCUCGGAUACCACACUGAAUGCCCAACUAAAGAUGAAAGGGACCACAGAUAUUUACGUUUGUGGCUUGGCGUACGAUGUUUGCGUUGGUGCAACUGCUGUUGAUGCCUUAUCGGCUGGAUAUCGAACAAUUUUGAUUGAUGACUGUUGCCGGGGUGUGGAUCUCCGUGACAUCGAAAGCGUCAAAGGAAAGGUGAACUCUAGCUAUGGUGUUAUUGUUCAUUCAGACGAGGUAAAAGCUAUGGUAGAAGGAAGAGAUCGUCGUCCAGAAUUAGGUUAUAAACUGGCAAUGGAAUUAAAAAAUCCAGAUUCUGUUCUAUCACAGAGAGAUAGUGGGAUUGCAAGAAUUGCACCUUAAUUUAAUUGCUGCACAAAUAAAAUUUCUGAUGUUGUUAUCAGAUGCGCUUCAAAGUGAAAUACAUAUAUAACUAAUAAAUUAUUCUAUAGCUUCUAA